AUGCAUCAACGUCUUCAAGAGAUCGAAUGGGUCAAGGAAACUGUCGCAGCUCCGAAGGAUCUUCAACAGAAAUAUCGCAAGCUGGGCUACUCCAAGCCAAGCGGCGAUGAACGAGAGACACAGUGGUAUUGGAUUCUUCGAGGUGUACAAGGAGGAGAUGCGCUAUUGCCAAUCUUGAAUGGUGAUCUGAAGCAUUUGGUGGAAGUGGAAGUUGAUUUCAACAAUCCUUUUGCGGAAUAUUCGUACUUCCUCGAUUUCCAGAAGAGGACGUUGGAGACGUGGUGUUGCGAAAAGAUGGUUCAUACAGUGAGCUUUCAGGCGUUGGCAGAUUCGGAGCAGGAUUGUAUGGAGGUGCUACAGAAGAAAUUGAUGGAGGAGGAGUAA